AUGUCACUAAAUGACAUGAAAAUGAAAACUGGUCAAGUUGAAUACUAUUUAUAUCAAGGUGACACCACGAAUGCAUUAAAAGUACUUGGUGAAAUAAUUCAAGAAUUGAUGUCCAAAAAGGAUUAUGUUGUUGAUAAACAGUUGAAAGAUAUGUUAGUAAUGAGUUGUAUUAAACGUAUCAAUAUUAAUUUUAAAGAAAAAAAAAUAUCCCGGUAAGAGAAAAUCUUUUUUUUAAAGACAGUAUACAUUCUAAAAAAAUUGUUUAACUGCUGAACCUUUUUAAGUUCUUCCUACCGAAGUUAAAAAAGUUCGGUAGCUUAACAAUUAUUUUUAGAAUGUAUAGUCCCGAAUAAAUACACUUAUUUAAAAUAAGUUUAUUAUAUAAAUUUGUCCUUUAGAAAUUUAUUAUUCUAAAUGUAGAAUUAAUUCGAAUUUUUCAUAAAUUAUGAUUUGUUUUUGUUUUAGAUGUCAUCACAGAUAUCAAGAUAUUGAAUUCGAUAAAAUAUGAUAUUUAUACAGAUCAAAGUACUUUAUUAAUGUAUCUGUAAGAGAAAUUCUAUUUCAUUUUUCUUUAAGUUGUUUUUCAAUUUUGUUUUUAGUGAAUCAAUAGCUAGUCUAUGUAAAGAAAAACUGAUUAGGUAGACAAAUGUCGAAAACAAAAUAUCGACAAGUAAAAAUGUCGACAGCAAAACGUCGACAAAAAAAUGUCUAUAGAUAAAAUGCCGACGUACAAAAAUAUGUCGAAAAUUCUAUCAUGAUAUAGGAAAAUCGCGUAGCAUAUGCUGUCAUCUUUUUUUUUCUGUUGGUGCAUUUUUUUUAUGCGUGUUGGCCUGGACAUAACUAAAUACGAAUUUUUUCGCAUUUAUAGUGAAAUGUGCUUAACGAAAUAUUCUUUUCUUCUCGUUCUUUAGUAAUCUAUUUGUACAGUAUAGACGAGAACGUUCUAGAUGAUUUACCUUGUUUCUUUUUCGUUCGAGGUAAUUCUCGCCCUUCUCUCAUAUAUAAACACUCGUCAUUUGUGCACUUAACAUCGUGGUAGUGUAUUCAACACAUUCUAUCUUUUUCAUUUCGUUCUAGUAGCAUAUUUUUCUUGAUAUGUCAACUGUUCCUAGUCUUAGCUUUUCGACCAGCAACAAACGUAAACCGAUCUUAAUAUGUGAUGAAUUGUGUGUGAGUGCACUCUAAAAAAAAAAGGUUUCCUCGGAAACUGAUACCCCUUCGGAAACCUUUUCGCAAACCUUUUUAGGUUUCCGGAAGGGUUUCCGAACUUAUGUUGAGUUUCUGACAAUACCUUGAGGUUUCCGAGCAUCCGAAAACCAAUGGAUUUUGGAGAGAGCGGAUUCGGAAACCCUCAACCGUAUUCUCGGAAACCGCUUUUGCUUCGAAAACCUUUUCGGAUACCCAUUGCGUAUCCUCGCAUACCUUUGGGUUUUCGAUAUUUUUUUAUCGAAAACCCUUUUGGGUUUCCGGGCAUCGGAAACGGUCGAAGCGUUUUCUAGAAAUCUAGCAAGGUUUCCGAACAUAACUGGAAAACCCCUUAGGGUUUCCGAAUGUUGCGAAAACCUUUGAGUUUUCGAGAAAAAGUUUCGAAAACCCAUUAAGUAGUAUGCAAAACCCGAUUAGCAUUCCAAUAUGAUCUUUUUUAUUCUCAUGUUCUAUCGUGUGAUUUUCAGGUAAAGCGGUGCUCGAUAUGCAUGACAU